AUGCUGUUCAUUGACUUCAGUUCAGCAUUCAACACUGUGAUCCCCUCCAAGCUGAUCUCCAAGCUAGGCCAGCUUGGAAUCAGCAACUCACUCUGCAACUGGAUUAUUGACUUCCUUACUAACAUACCCCAGACUCUUAAAUUAGGAAGUCUCUCCUCCUCCACCAUCACCCUGAACAAUGACGUGCCGCAGGGCUGUGUGUUGAGCCCUCUGCUCUACUCCCCCUUCACCCACGACUGUGCCCCUGUUUAUGACUCCAAUGCCAUAACCAAGUUCGCAGAUGACACCACAGUGGUGGGCCUGAUCAGAGAGGAGGUUCAGCACCUAGCUAUGUGGUGCAAAAACAAUAACCUGGCACUCAAUACCCAGAAGACCAAGGAGAUCAUUGUGGAUUUCAGGAGAGCCAAGAGCAGGGCACACAUCCCCCUCCACAUCAGUGGAAUAAACAGUGGAUCGAGGACCCCCCCCCCUACAUGGGAUGUGCUACCACAAAAUAAAGUUGUUAACGGCUUAUGCGAAGUGGGCUACAUAUGUGAUGUACAGUAUCGGGAUGAGACCAGCCCCGCUAAGAUUAUCCAGAAAGUUUUUUCCAUUAGGGAGCCUUCCAUAAGGGCCUUGGAAGCACUGGAGAGGGGGUGCAGAAAUGCAGCUACUGGCACAGAAGAAUGUGGCUGUGGUCUCAGAGAGAAACGCCCCCCAGCUCAGUUUUCACCUGCCAACGGUGAAGAUGAGGAGGACACAAAUCCAAAACUAAAGGGGAAAAAGAAUUUAACAAAGGCUCUGUCUCUGCCGUUUUUAAAUGAAUAUGAAGAGAGUGAGCCGGGAUACUCCAGAGAUGUGAACCCAGCAGCCGAUAGCAGCAUAGCUAACCAGCUUAAUGAGAUGCGAUGUCUGCUUUUAGAGAUGCGGGAGAAAAUAAUCAACCUGGAGCGUACUGUGAGAGAUCAAAUUACUCAGCCAGCGUCAUCCACAUUAUCAAGAUCACCCUUAUUACCAUCAUCAUCAUCCCCAUCACCACCCUCAAGAACAACAUCAUCAACAUCACCACCCUCACCCUCACCAGUCCAGAUUCACAUAGGCCCUACAGUGAAGAUCACGGCCACCCAGUAUGCCCACAUCAAGUGGAGUGACCCUAGUAAAGGCCACCAAGGACUUGUUGAUGGCAGUGUUUGGGAGGCAGGUCCUGGCCACACAUUCAUAUACGGGGAAGCUGUCUAAUGCCUUUCUGGGAAGACAGCCCAAGCCCCAGCUCAAUUCUGCAAAGACGUCGGACAUACUAAACUAUAUCACCAACAAAUUUGGGGUGGACCCUGCCCUGGUCAAGCAAGCCAUUUCACAGAAAUGCGCUGAUGAAGCAAAGUUGGCCAGAAGACGCUCCAAGUGAACGCGUACACACACACACACACACACAUGCUCACUCACAUACACAUACACACACUCACAUCUGAUUUUUAAAAAAUGUAUUGAUAUA